AGAAUUGGAAAGCCAAAAAGGUUUUGAUGUUUUGUGUGGCACCAUCUGAAUUAGAAACCAAGAUGAACAUACCCAAAGGAGGUCUGGUGUUGUUUUCAGCAAAUUCAAAUUCAUCAUGUAUGGAACUUUCAAAGAAAAUUGCUGAGCGGCUGGGGGUUGAGAUGGGCAAAGUGCAGGUUUACCAGGAACCUAACAGAGAAACAAGAGUACAAAUUCAAGAGUCUGUGAGGGGAAAAGAUGUAUUCAUCAUCCAAACAGUUUCAAGGGAUGUGAACACCUCCAUCAUGGAGCUCCUGAUCAUGGUUUAUGCCUGUAAGACUUCUUGUGCCAAAAGCAUCAUCGGAGUGAUUCCCUACUUUCCUUACAGUAAGCAGUGCAAAAUGAGAAAAAGAGGCUCCAUUGUCUCCAAGUUGCUGGCUUCAAUGAUGUGCAAAGCUGGUCUAACUCAUCUUAUUACUAUGGAUUUACACCAGAAGGAAAUUCAGGGAUUCUUCAAUAUUCCUGUUGAUAAUUUAAGAGCAUCUCCCUUUUUGUUACAGUAUAUUCAAGAAGAGAUCCCAGAUUACAGGAAUGCUGUAAUUGUGGCCAAAUCUCCAGCCUCGGCCAAGAGGGCACAGUCCUUUGCGGAGCGCCUGCGCUUGGGAAUUGCUGUGAUUCAUGGGGAAGCCCAGGAUGCAGAGUCUGACCUGGUGGAUGGGAGACAUUCCCCACCCAUGGUCAGGAACGCUGCUGCCAUCCACCCCAGCCUGGAGAUUCCUUUGCUGAUUCCUAAAGAAAAACCUCCAAUCACAGUUGUUGGUGAUGUUGGAGGAAGGAUCGCCAUCAUUGUGGAUGAUAUCAUCGAUGAUGUUGACAGCUUUCUGGCUGCAGCAGAGACCCUGAAGGAAAGAGGAGCCUAUAAGAUCUUCAUGAUGGCAACCCAUGGCUUGUUAUCUUCGGAUGCUCCACGGCUAAUUGAAGAAUCUGCCAUUGAUGAGGUUGUGGUUACCAACACAAUUCCACAUGAAAUUCAGAAACUCCAGUGCCCCAAAAUUAAAACUGUGGAUAUCAGCAUGAUCCUUUCUGAAGCUAUCCGUCGGAUUCACAAUGGAGAGUCUAUGUCCUACCUUUUCAGAAAUAUAGGAUUAGAUGACUGAAAAGCGUCUCUUUUUUUUAGAACUCCCAAGGGUCAAACUGG